CUCCCUGCAGGGAAGCUAUCAGCCUGGUGUGUGAAGCAGUUCCUGGGACCAAAGGAGCGCUGCGGAAAAGAAAGCCACCAUCCAAAGCCCUGUCCAACAUUUUAGGCAAGAGUAAUCUCCAGUUUGCUGGCAUGUCCAUCAACCUGAACAUCUCCACCAGUAGCCUCAACCUAAUGACCCCUGACUGCAAACAGAUCAUUGCCAACCAUCACAUGCAGUCUAUCUCCUUUGCAUCAGGUGGAGAUCCUGAUACAACAGAUUAUGUUGCCUAUGUAGCAAAGGACCCGGUCAACAGAAGAGCAUGUCACAUCCUCGAAUGCUCCGACGGGCUCGCUCAGGAUGUUAUCAGCACCAUCGGCCAGGCGUUUGACCUUCGCUUCCAGCAGUACCUGCAGUGUCCCUCAAGCAAGAUGUCCUCAGUCCAUGACAGAGUAUUAAACAUGGAGGAGUUGGCAUGGACAGAGGAAGAAGAGGAGUCAACAGGACAUCCUUAUUAUAACAACAUCCCUGGCAAAAUGCCACCCCAAGGAGGCUUUAUUGAUUCUCGACUGACGAAUCAGAACGCAGCAUCUGAAGGCGGCCAGACUGGUCCGGGCUCGGUGGAUCAGACGUACUACCAGGGACGGCAUUGUGAAAACUGGGCUGAUGAAAGGAAAGCCAUCUUCCUGCAGCAGGGAUCUUUUGAUAUCAGCGGUUUCCCAGAGAAUAAAGGUCAGACACCUAAAGCAGUGGAGAUGCCCAUGUACGUGAACACCCAGCAGAUUGAUGCCCAGGUGCUUGCAGCUCUCCAGGCUGAAGCAGAAAAUGCUACAAAGGGCAUAGUAGAGGCAGGCAAAGAGAGCCCCCAGAAGGACCUGUUUGACAUGAAGCCCUUUGAGGAAGCCAUUCAGUCCCAGUCCCAGCCACUGGCCCCAGGGCAGUCCCAGACUCAAGUGUCCAACCUUCAGAAGGCAGCUUCUGUUGACAACUCCAGCCCUCUCCUUGUCCGAUCUUUGGCUUUCCGCGCACAAGAGGAGCUGGAAGGCCAGAUGUGGUACCAUGGCAAAAUGAGCCGCCGUGAUGCUGAGAAACUGCUUAAGAGCGAUGGGGACUUCCUUGUCCGCACGAGCACUACCAACCCAGGGUCCUACGUUCUGACUGGUAUGCACAAUGGACUCUCCAAACAUUUACUGCUUGUGGACCCCGAAGGCACGGUACGGACAAAAGAUCAUAUAUUUGACAGCAUUAGCCACCUUAUUGGCCAUCACCGUGACAACAAUUUGCCAAUUGUCUCAGCUGGGAGUGAACUCUGUCUCCAUCAGCCUGUUGAAAGGAAAUUGUGAUAUUUGAAAUGCCUGAUGGGAAGCAGAGGGCCUUUAGAUGCGCUCUCCUCCUGGAACUGGAAGAUGCCUGCAAAAGGCUCAAUGUGCUCAACACUGACCUGCUUUACUGGAGUCACUGGAGUACUCGAGAUUUGUUAAGGAUUAAGGAAAACUAUUUAUAGAAUUGCUAUUUUGUUGUGAUGACUGAAAUGCUAUAUUUUUGAGAAGAAAAAUCAGUGCAUUUGGACUUGAUACUUUGAUUUGGUGUUUAAAGAAACAAUAAAGCGACAAAUUGUUCUUGUAGUUUAGACGCAGUGCAAAUAAAACCUCAAAGAGGCAAGAAUAUUUUAAAAAUAAACUCUAAACUAAGUUUUGUCUGUCAAGCACAACCAUAUUUCUACUGAACAUGUUGACUCAGUGGUUGAAGAAUCAGAAAAGGCUCUUUUAAAUAAAUUCAAAUAAAAAAAUAAAAAUGCCCUGAAACUGACCAUUAGUGUGACAGCUUGAUUUAUUAGUCUCCAUAUGAAAGCUACUUUUGUUGGAGAUUGAAGCCGAAUGUGUUGUCAGUGUCGGGGAGCAAACAGACACCUUUUCAUCCUGCAGUCAAUGGCUUUAGAGAUCGGCCUUUUUUUAAAAUACAAUUAUAAAGUAUUUCCUUGUGUCACUGCAGCCGCAUGACUUCAAAUCAAUUGUUCUCGUGUUCGUAGACCUUGAAUUCCCCGUCAUUUGAAAGGAGGUGCUUGUGUAUGCUGACACUGU